AUAUCAAUAUAACGGAACGUGGAAUCCGUCUGAUCUGAUAUCCCCUCCCGACCUUUCCUUCUUCCCACGCCGCGGUCGCCGCUUUCGUUCUUGCGUGUCCGGAAGGAGUAGGAAGAGUUCCGGCGAUCAGAUCGAUGGCGAUGCAGGUGGGAAUGGGACUCUCCAAACUCGUGCUCCUGCUAGGAGCAGGGUAUACAGGCUCGAUCUUGCUGCGCAACGGCAGACUGUCUGAUAUUUUAUCGGAGCUCCAGGACAUGGUUAAGGGUUUGGAGAAAUCUGCAGAGAAAGGAGCUGUGGAUUCGGAGUACGCUGAUGUUCUUGCAUCACAGGUGCGUCGUUUAGCAAUGGAGGUGCGACAAAUUGCCUCAGCACGCCCCAUAACUGUUCUCAAUGGAAGUUCUGGUAUAGGAGGGAACAUGACAUCGCUUGUGGUUCCAACUGCCACCCUUGGAGCAUUAGGGUAUGGCAUCAUGUGGUGGAAAGGCAUCUCUUUUUCUGACUUUAUGUAUGUUACUAAGCGCAACAUGGCAAAUGCUGUAGCAAGCAUGACAAAGACUUUGGAUCAAGUCUCUGCUGCCCUUGCACAAGCUAAGAAACAUCUUACCCAGCGAAUUGAGAAUUUGGAUGGGAAACUGGAUGAGCAAAAGGAGAUAUCUGGAGAAAUAAAAAAUCAAGUAAUUGAUGUUCAUGGAAAGGUUGAAAAUAUUGGCUUUGAAUUGAAUAACCUGCAACAACUGCUUUGUGGUCUGAAUGGGAGAAUGAGUUCCAUUGAAGUUAAACAGAAUUUGGCAUGCACUGGCGUUAUGUACCUUUGCCAGUUUGUAGAAGGUAAAGGUGGGAAAAUACCGGAUUUCCUGGUGGAUAGCCCCAAUAAUGGUGGGAGGCGUGGUUUUCUUGGAGCUGAUGAGCAUAAAAGUUUGAAGGGUUUACAGCAUAUAGUAGAGGCACUUGAAAUUGAAAGUUCCGACGCAUCUAAGAUCGAUGCAAUCAUGCAGAAUGAUGCCAACUCAGUGGACAACUUGAAGUCCAAGAGCUUGUCCCGGACUACCUCGCUCAAGUACUGAUAUGAUACAAAGCAUAUGAACAAAUACCUGGACACCAUGGGUUUUUGGUAAUGUAACAUGGGAUUGAGAAAUUAACUUGGAACUUCAAUCUGUCAUUAGCCAUCCAUUUUGUGGAGAAACAGGGAAGUUUACUUAAUCACAUUCGUCAAAUAUAUAACUCUGUGUAUCUAGGCUCUUUUGCAAUCUGUCUUGGCUGACUCUUGGUUGUUCCAAAUGUGUAAUGAGGAUCUGUAUGCUUAUUUACUUUCCAGUUGAAUCAGAUAUAUAAUAGCUAGGAGUAUUUAUUUCAUGAA